AUUGCGUCUCACAGCCUUCCUUGGUUGUGAACCUUCAGGAAGGUGUCCAACUGAUGAUCCAAAUCGAGUGUUUGACAUGUGAAGACUUGGAGAGUGGUGCGAUAUCGCACUUCUUUUUGGAUCUUCACUUUGAUGGCUUUGGUCCUGUUGAUGUUGAUCUGAAGGGGAGGCGCAGUCAAGUUCCAAACACCUUUGCAUCACCAUGUACUCCCAGAACUUGACAACCGAGAAACAUCAUCAGCUGGACAAUGAAACUGGAAGCCUUCUGAGUGCACACGGGCACCCAGACUCCAGCAGAGAGUCAGAUGAAAGCCUUGACAUCCAUAUCCCAAUUUGCAGACAAUCACGGUGGAGGGAGCAUGUUAUCCGCGUAGUUAUUACCAUCUUCUCCAUUACAGUCGCUAUUGCCGCUGGGUUUUACCUCACAACAAGCUCCAACUCCAGUGAGCCAACGUUGAAAGACUUUGGCAUCAACCCAAAGACGCCCUUACCACGAGAGAUCUUCACCGAAAGACGAGAUGAGUUCAUCGGGCCGUCAAAGGAAGCUGAAAGGAAUUGGGACCGGAUAACGAUGGGCUCCGACACCAUCUACCUCCAAGACCCUUCAAAAUACGGCCUCCACGACCCAGGCAUCCGCGCCCCCUUCUUUAUGUUCAACACCCCUCCGCCCUCCGCCGCCUCUCUCCCGAACCUCAACAACUUCUACGUCCUCAACACCAUGCACCAACUUCACUGCGUCAACGUCGCCCGGCAGCGGUACAACCAGCUGGUCUACAAGGGGAUCAACGCCCUGUCUGGCUCGUUCGUGGACAACGACUGGCUGGAACACUUGGAGCAUUGCUUCGAGUAUUUGAGGCUGAGCAUCGUGUGUGCAGAUUACAUGACGCUGGAGAGCGAUUCCCCACCGGGAAGCCCGGAGGAGUAUACCAAGGGGAACUUAGGGUGGGGGGUGGUGCAUAGUUGUAUUAAUUGGGAGAGGUUGAUGGAGUAUCAGAGGGAGAUGGUGGCGGUGUAUAAUGGGACUUGGGAGGGGAGGUAA